UUUCACAAAGCAGGUUCAACAAACUCUGAGUUAAAACCUUAACUCUGGGUUGAGCAACUCUGAGCUGUCAAACUCUAAGUUUUCGGUUUCAGAACAGGUGAUAACACUUAGUUCAAUCAACUCAGAGUCAAGGUAACCCUGAGUGAAGCUUGUGCAUGAGGAUAUAAAAAGCCUUCAUCAAUGGAACACAGAUAACAUGAUUCACCAUGGCAACAAGUGGUAAACAGCCUCGAUCCUCCUACUUCUCCCCAGUGGAGUUGGAAAUAUUAAUGACUGCGUAUGCAGAAAGUGCAACCCAACAGGCACCAAACGGACUUGGCAGCAGCUAAAGAUGAAAUAUAAAAAUGUAGUUCAAACAGGUAAGGUAUAAUAAAGUACAAGCAAUUGUGAUGUUGUUUAGCCUGCCCUCAUUAAACAGCAUUUAGUGGCUACAUUCAACAUGUGAUGGAUAUAUUUAAGUAAUUAGGGAAAUCUGCAAAAAAAAGAGAAAUCCCAACACUGCCAGUAUUUAAUAUUGUCUCUAUGAAAGCAACACCUAAAUGCCUUUUAUACAUACAAGUCUCCAAAGUUGUGUUUUCUGUAUGUAUUUAAAUUUGACCUCCAUUAUAGCCAACAGAAAAAAGGCUGAGGCCCGCAAAACAGGUGGCGGUCCACCACCACCACCUCUCACAGAGGCUGAAAAGAUGGCCCUCAGUCAGAACAGUGGACGACCCAUUGCUGAGGGCAUCUCUGGGGGGAGUUCAUCGGACCCACCCACGCCCCAGGUCACAGGGGCCUACAUAAGAGUUACUGAUGGUGUAAUCUGUCUCGUUGAGCCUUCUGCCAUAAGAGACCUCCAUGCUGUUGAGGAUGAUGAAGAAACCUUAUCAGCUGCCACAGAGAGGGAAGAUGCAGAGAGGCCUGCUGAAAGCCAUGCUGGAAAUUACAAUGGGGAAGAAGGUCCAUCAACCUCCACAGCACAGCUUACCUCACUCCCUGUGAAACAACUUUACAAGGUAUAUUUAGAAUCUCAAAUAAACAAAUCACACCUAGAAAUGGAGCACAUAAGGCUGCAGAUCACCAAAACAGAAAAGGAAAUACAACUGCUGGACCAUCAGUUAAAGGUGGGUGACGUGCCCACAGGUGGAUGUUUUUUAAUUGUUUCAACAACAAAGGAUUAACAACUGUACAAAAUUUGUCCUUUUAGGAAAUAAAGAAGACCUCAUAAAAUGA